AUAUUUACUUUAUGCAAUCAGUGUGGUUCCAGAUUCGGAGGAAGAAAGACGUUUCCGAACCUGAGUCUCAGACCGAAUCCGGGUAAAUAUCGACCACACACCAUCACCACCACGGCGGAGAAGAAGAAAGCACUUGUUCGCACAUACAUAUCCACAAGGGCUCCGUUUCCGCUCUCCCUUCUCGAAACCAUAUCCCCACUAAUGAAAGACUGGCUUUUCGAGUGUAAGCUUUUCCUUCAAUAGUUACCACGCUUCUUCCAGAGCUGGCAAAAAGAAAGUGUGAGCAUCUAUAUGUACGUACGUAUGAAGUGAAGAGAGAGAGAGGGGUGAAAAUCGCUUCAAUCCACUCAUCCGUUCUUUCUCCAUCAGCAGACGACCCUUAUAGCUUUCCUUCCUCUCUCUCUCCAUAUUUGUGUGCCAAUAUCGAACCAAAUGUUGGCGAAAGACCAGUGGGAAUGGAGUAACUCGUAGUGUUGGGCAAUAGGGGAGCUUUCGUCAUCGUCGUCGUCAACAAUUCCUUACGACAUGACCACGACACAAAUAGCGUGCACUUAGUCACCUUCCCGUUACCCGGAUACUCCAAGCAAAACAUUGACGUUUGGUGGAACAACUAAGAAAUUAAAGAGUGUGUCGUCGAUAGAAUCGAAUAAACGAUACAACCCACGAUGAAAGUUGACUUUUGUAGAAUAGCGAGAUGGGACAAGUGAAAGAAAAAAAUCAACUCGGAUAUCCUGAAUAUUUUCUUUGGUUUGAUGUGUCUUCAUUGUGUGCAAAUUAUAAUUUACGCUUGUGAGCGUGUCAAAUAAACCGUAAAAUUAUGAUCUCUCUGGUUGCCACUGACUGACUACGACCGCACACAUGAAUUACCUAAAUGUGCAACAUUCAUACGUAACAAAUGUUUCAAAAUGUGUACGGAGGAGGGGAAACGACGAUUUAGUGUAAAACCAAUUUAAACCCGCAAUCGAACGACAACAACAUGUUAGAAGAAAACGAGGAGGACUUUGUGGUUCACAAAGCAGGGCCACCACUUCCCAUACGCAGACCAAGACCAUUAAAAUCGUCGACGUCGAAUUCGUUGAUGUCGUUGUCAUCACCAAGACCCCCACAUCAAAAGGAAAUUUACCUCCUUCAACAUCGGAGUGGAUGUCCACAUUCAAUGAGCUAUAACACCAAUAUUGGUGGUGGUGAAAGCAAAAAACCUGAAGAAAAUGUCGCAACUUUAUUCACUCCACAACGCAUCACUUCAGUCUCACAUCCAAUGUCAGUGCCAAAAAUAAUUUCUUCCAAAAUCCCCUCACCUUGUUCCUCUUCCAUUCCACGAGCACUUAGCAACCCAAUCGUGGGGAAAUUGACAACUGCUACCUCGACAUCGACACCAUCUACUUCCACUCCCACUCCAACAUCAAGGUCGAGGUCCCCAUCGCCCUCAGUCACCUGCUCUACCCUAAAAUCCCGACCUGCAACUCCAUCCUACAAUGUUGAGAGUAAAGUGAAACAGUACAUUGAGCAGGUCAAAAAGUUUGACGAGGAACAACGGUCCAAGAAAGGCAAGCUUGAGAAAAAUGAGAAAUUUCUGAGUUUGGAAGAUCUGUAUCAGAUCACCACUCCUUCAGAGGUGAAAUCGGAUCAUACGCAGAUGGAGGAAAAGUUGAGACAAACUCUUCGCAUCGUCGAGGAGAAGGAUGAAAUGAUUAAUAAACUGAGAGAAAGUUGCCACGACCUCAAACUCAAAUGGGCUGAUGCAGAAAAUCGAAUUGACGAGAUGCGAUUUGGGUUGGGUGGAAGUUCUUAUCAUAAUUUUAAUACGGCCAGUUCGAUAAGUGGUCAGGAGAGAAGGUCAAGUUUUACGUUGUAUGGGGAUAACUCGAAAGUCACAAAUGCUACGUCACGACCAAAGCGAUCUGUUUCUGAGUUAAAUCUGCACCACGUGGAUAGAGCAACCAAUACUGAAGAUAUUAACAAUAGAAAGGGAUCAGUGGUCAUUGCUAAUAAACAUAUGGCAGAUAAGGCCACCGAGACUUGCAAAUCUGGCAAAGUUAACGACGCUCAUGAGAUGAAUAAUAGUCGUCGAAGCCAAGUUACGACAACAACGGAUGAAGACCUUUUCCCAGAUUUUGAUCUCGAGAGCAAUUUUGACCCCGUCCUAGAAGAGAAAUGUUCAAAUUGGUUGGAGAAGGUACAAAGUUGGAGGACUGAUCCAGUGCACAAUAAUACGAGCCUGGACAUUAAGGAUAAAGACUCCUGUGGUGACCGAGAUUCGGGUUUCCGGGGGUCAGCCGAACUGGAACAGGCAGCGGCCCUCAACAAGUCUUCUACGAGACAAAGACAAGCCAAAAAUAAUCCUUGCCCUUGCGCAUCAUCCCGAAAUGAUAGGGAAAGUUAUGAAGAUAACAGCGCGUCCUCCAAAGCCCUUAUUAGGAAGAAAUCCAAAUUGCAAACCAAAGAAUCUAACAAUUGCGCAGCAAUCCAUGAAACGCAGACAAUCCCCCUUCUCACAACUCCUACGACUACUGCUACUGCUACUACCUCUAAUUCCAAAGAAGAGAAAGAUGACACAGAGGCGACAAGAGUCCCAUUUUCUAUUCACACAAUAGCUGCACAUUUCUCUCAAAAACAAGCGGAACAACUUGCUGUAGCUUCACCAUUCGUUGUUAAACAAUUGAGUGGUAGUUGUGCUCAAAAUACCAAUAAGCCAUCUAGUCUCACCACCACCUUCACUCCUAAUCAUGACCUUCCAAACGAGUCUGCUGCUGGUGGUCCGUUUUCAUCUAUACAAAUUGUGCAACCCUGGCACACUUUCACCGGAAGUGUGAAUCCCCAUUCGGCCACCGACUAUGAGGGCUUCCCUUCCCUCUACUCGUCUUCGUCAUCACGACAAGGCAGGCAUCACUAUUCUUCUUACGACUCUCACGAAUCCCAUCACCGCAGAUCAAUCUCAAUGGAUCGACUGCAUAGUUUCUCCAAAGAUAACGAUUUCUCCACUCGCCAGGAACAUGGCCAAAUUUCGUCACAUUGUGACCAGCGCGAGCUUCUUAGAAAAAUGGACAAAAGCUUCCAAACACUUCAUCCACUUCUCGAUAGUACUACGGAUCUGGCUCUGAGGCUCAAGAAGAAGACGGAAAAUCUUGCCAAAAUUUUACAAGAAACUACCCCAUGCAAUGUCAAUCUCACAACGAGAAAUUCUGAAUAGAGAUCAUAAAAUUAAGAUUAAAAUUAAAAUGAGUGUGGAUAUACGGGAUUAAAAUGAACUCGUUUUAAGAACAGAAAAGUAACUAUAAAGAAAAAUGCAUGCAAAAUGUGAAUUAAAAUGAACGCAUAAUUAUUUUUCACAAUCUCUAAUCUCUCGCCCUCUUCUUCUAAUAAAUACAAUACAAUAAUAAUUA